AUGCCAUCAACCUCAACAACACCAAUCUUGCAAGACUUUCAAAGUCCUUCUCGUCCAAACCACGGAAAUGAAGGUCAACCCAUCUGUCUCAGGGCUAACCAUUUUCAAGUGAGGAUUCCAAGGGGAUUUGUGAACCAUUAUGAUGUAACCAUAUCACCUGAUAAGUGUCCUAGGCGUGUCAAUAGAGAAAUAGUAGAGACGAUGGUACAGUCUUAUUCUCAACGAAUAUUCAGUGGACAGAAACCAGUUUUUGAUGGUCGGAAAAACCUUUACAGCAGAGAUCAACUUCCAAUAGGCAAUAACCGAGUAGAUCUCGAAGUGACCUUGCCAGGAGAGGGGCGAGACAGAGUUUUUCACGUAAGUAUCAAAUUUGUUGCCCAGGUGAGUCUCUAUGCAUUGGAUGAGGCUUUGGAAGGUAAAAAUCAGCAGAUUCCACUUGAUGCAGUUCAAGCUCUGGAUGUUGUCAUGAGGCAUCUUUCUAGUAUGACGUUCCAAGGACGUUCUUUUUUCUCACCUCCUGAGGGGUAUGAUCAUCCACUUGGUGGAGGUAGGGAGGUUUGGUUUGGUUUCCAUCAAAGUGUACAGCCUUCACAUUGGAAAAUGAUGCUUAAUAUUGAUGUGUCAGCAACAGCAUUUUAUAAAGCUCAACCGGUGAUCCAAUUUAUGUGUGAGGCCUUGGACCUGCAUGAUAUACAAGAACAAAGAAGGCCGCUUACUGAUUCACAGAGAGUUAAAUUCACCAAAGAAAUCAAAGGUUUAAAAGUUGAAAUAACCCAUUGUGGUGCGAUGAAGAGGAAAUACAGGGUUUGCAAUGUAACAAGGAGACCUGCUCAAACGCAAUCUUUUCCUCUGCAGUUGGAGUCAGGGCAGACAGUUGAGUGUACUGUGGCCAAAUAUUUCCAGGAACGCUACAAGAUGAGACUUCAGUACCCACACUUACCCUGUCUGCAAGUUGGUCAGGAACAGAAGCACACAUACCUGCCUCUCGAAGUUUGUAACAUAGUGCAUGGUCAACGCUGUAUUAAAAAACUGACUGAUCUACAAACAUCAACGAUGAUUAAGGCUACUGCAAGGUCAGCGCCGGACAGAGAAAAAGAAAUUAACAAUUUGGUUAUGAAAGCUAAUUUCAAUUCUGAUCCGUAUUUGCAAGCAUUUGGCAUUACAGUGGCAAGUCACAUGGUUGAUGUUCAAGGUCGAAUUCUUCCUGUCCCGAAGUUACAAUACGGAGGCAGAACAAGAGCUCAAGUUGUUCCAAAUCAAGGUGUGUGGGACAUGCGAGGCAAGCAGUUAUAUCAAGGCAUCCAAAUACGUGUUUGGGCCAUUGCUUGUUUUGCCCAGCAGAGAACUGUAGGAGAAGAAUCACUCAGGACGUUUACACAGCAGCUGCAGAAGAUAUCUACAGAUGCCGGCAUGCCGAUCAUGGGCCAGCCUUGUUUCUGCAAGUAUGCAACAGACGCUGAUCAGGUGGAGCCAAUGUUUCGGUAUCUGCGCAACACUUAUCAGGGUCUCCAACUGAUUGUCGUUGUUCUGCCUGGAAAAACACCUGUCUAUGCUGAGGUGAAGCGUGUUGGAGACAUAUUGUUUGGCCUGGCAACACAAUGUGUCCAGUCGAAAAAUGUAAAUAAAACAUCGCCACAAACUAUAUCAAAUCUUUGCUUGAAGAUAAAUGUCAAGUUAGGAGGCAUCAACAGCAUCUUACUUCCCAGCAUUCGUCCUCAAGUAUUUCAAGAGCCUAUCAUAUUUUUAGGAGCUGAUGUUACGCAUCCACCAGCAGGUGACAGAUCUAAACCAUCCAUAGCUGCGGUUGUAGGCAGUAUGGACGCUCAUCCUAGUCGAUAUUCAGCUACAGUAAGAAUCCAACAGCACCGCCAAGAAGUCAUACAGGAGUUAUCUGCAAUGGUCAAAGAGUUGCUGAUACAGUUCUAUCGAUCGACCCACUUCAAGCCAACACGUAUCAUUUUCUACAGGGAUGGCGUCAGUGAGGGACAGUUUGCACACGUUCUCUCUUAUGAAUUGCGUGCCAUCCGAGAAGCCUGCAUGAAGUUAGAGGUCGACUACCAACCUGGCAUCUCAUUCAUUGUCGUGCAAAAAAGGCACCACACCAGACUUUUCUGUGCUGACAAAAAGGACCAAAUAGGGAAAAGUGGCAACAUUCCAGCUGGGACCACGGUCGACAUUGGCAUUACUCAUCCAACUGAGUUCGAUUUCUACCUCUGCAGUCAUGCCGGUAUUCAGGGAACAAGCAGACCUUCGCACUAUCAUGUAUUGUGGGAUGAUAACCACUUUACAGCGGAUGAAUUACAGAUGCUGACAUACCAAUUGUGCCAUACUUAUGUAAGAUGCACAAGGAGUGUUUCCAUUCCUGCACCUGCCUAUUAUGCACAUUUGGUGGCUUUCAGGGCACGAUAUCAUCUUGUGGAAAAGGAACAUGAUAGCGGUGAAGGUAGUCAAAUAUCAGGUAACAGCGAUGAACGAAAUUUGGCUGCUAUGGCACGUGCCAUCUCUGUCCAUCCUGACACAUUUAGAGUCAUGUACUUUGCUUAA